AUGGCGAUCCGAUCAACCAUCGUUUUCUCCGGCUACAUAGCCCAGAAUCUGGUGGCGUGCGCCUCCACCAAGGCCGCCAACGCCGCUUCCAACUGCCGGUUCCUCCACGAGUGCGCCGCCGCUCGUUCCCGCCUCAAACCCGACCCUACUUCUUACCCUUCUGAAUUCCGGCAACGGCCGAGACCCACCAAGCCCAAGUCUCCUCCCUACAGAUUCUCCUCCACAUCGGCGUACUCUACCAUCGCCGCCGAAGUUUUUGGAGGACAAACCCAAAGCCCUUUGGUCGUCGGGCUAAUUUCUCUGUUGAAAGCGACCACCUCCUCCUCUGUCUCCUCUUCGUACACAUCGUCUUGCUUGACGGGUGUGUUUGGGAUUUCGCCUGUUAAGCCGGGAACAAUCAUCCCCUUCUUACAAACCUCUAAGUGGCUGCCUUGUAGUCAGCCCAGUAUUGGGCAUUCGAGUAAUUUAGUGGAUAAGGGAGGAACAGCUGCUGUUGCUCAGACGGACAGCAGCAGCAGCAAUAUGGUAGCUAGUAAAGGGCCUGUCGUGGACAGGAGUAAAAUUGCCUCCGUUGCCGGUGCUUCAUCGGCUGUUAUGUCUGAAAAUUUGAAGGUGUCGAAAAGUGGUUGGCUCUCCAAGUUGUUGAACGUAUCUUCAGAUGAUGCUAAAGCUGCUUUUACUGCUUUGAGUGUUAGUAUUUUGUUCAAAUCAUCUUUGGCUGAGCCUAGAUCGAUUCCCUCCACCUCCAUGUAUCCCACUCUUGAUGUAGGCGAUCGCAUUAUGGCCGAGAAGGUUUCUUAUGUUUUCAGGAAGCCCGAAGUUUCAGAUAUAGUGAUAUUUAAAGCUCCUCAAAUACUUCAAAACUAUGGUUUUGGUUCUGGAGAUGUAUUCAUUAAGAGAAUUGUAGCUAAAGCUGGGGACUGGGUUGAGGUUCGUGAUGGGAAAUUAUUGGUCAAUGGUGUUGCUCAAGAUGAGGAAUUUGUGUUGGAACCACUUGCUUAUGAGAUGGAACCAGUGCUUGUUCCAGAGGGCUAUGUGUUUGUUUUGGGUGAUAACCGCAACAACAGUUUCGACUCUCACAACUGGGGUCCUCUUCCAGUGAAAAACAUUCUUGGUAGAUCAGCAUUUCGGUACUGGCCUCCUUCUAAAGUAUCCACCACUGUGUUGGACUCCCCAGUGACUAAGCAAACUUCUGUAUCAACUGGUGUUUCAUCACCGCUUGUAGUUAUGUCCGUAAAUGAAUCCCAAUCCCUCUUCACCUUCUUCCGCAACAUUUUUGAAUUCCACCAUUUCCAUCCAUUAUUACUUUUAUUAAUAAUAUUCACUUCCUUUACUCAAUCAUCGUCUACUUCCCAACCAAUACCUGCCUUCAAUAUCUCUCACUUCCUCUAUCCCUUCUCAAAUGGCUUUGUCUUUCAGCAGAACCCAUCGGAACCUCAACCCGCUCCUCCUUUCUUCAAGGAUGUGUUGAAGGAGAUUGCAAAGAAGCAGAAGUGGGAUUUGGAGGACAUUCGGGUUUCUAAAUUGGAUGUAAACAAACUCAAGUUUGGAGAUUUGCGUCGGUAUGAGUUCCGAGUUCGAUUUGGCAGGAAUGAUUUUGUUUUCAAGCUGUUGGAUCAAGUUUCAUCCUGGAAGAGACUCGAUGGUGUACAAAAUGAAUCUGAUUUUCAAGCUUUAGUUCGUGAAUAUAGCUCAAACGCUGUGCUCGACACUUUGGAAAUUCAAGGCCCUGUUCACUUGCGUGUUAGAGGAGAUCACGAGCUCACUCUGAAUUUGCCGUCCAAUCAUUCGCUUCCUGGUUUGAAAAAUAUCAAAAUUGGUGAAGGUAUCACUGUGGAGAUCAAAGGUGCCGAAGAAAUUUCUCUUUAUCAUCCCACUGAUCUUCUUGGAAAGUUCAAGGGAAGUGAUCUGAGUAGUACAUUGAAGAGAAGUGGGGUUGGGUACCUGUGGCCUGCUUCAUGCAUGGCCUGGCCUUCUAUCUGGAUUGUAGGUUCUGCAACGGUGUCAGCGUACAGGACACAAAAUCCCGAGUCCUUCAUCAAAACCGCUUUCUUCUCCAAUAAAACAGUUGGGUUGCUGCCUUGGAAAUGUUACAGUAGGCUUAUUGAAGUGCCAGUCAGGGUUUCUCCUUUGAACUUCCUGAACCCGAGGAUAGCUCUGUUAGAAAGAGUUCUGUUGACUUUUCUUGGUCACAAAGCCAACCAAACUGCAAGGUUAAGCUCUGUAAAAGUAAAGAUUACUGAAUCGUCUACAUUUCGUUUCCAGCUGGAACUGGAAAGAGAUAUUCAUGGUAAUGAUAGUUAUUGGAGUUCAGUAGCUGAGUGGCGUACUAGGCCUACUGUUGAACGGUUAUGGUUUGAUGUAGUGGGUAGACUUGAUGCAGAGGUUAUGAAGCCUUUAUCUGUUAAGAAGUUCAGGCCAUUCAUUGAAGUGGACUCAAAGGCGUUGAGCAAUUUGUUUUCAAACCUUUCCUUCACGAAGUUCCCAUCCAUGCUUGUACCCCAAGAGGCUCUCACAUUGGAUGUGAAAUGGUAG